AUGUCUUCUGCCCCCAUUCCGCCAUCCUCAUCCUCCGCACCAUCAUCUCAUCAGAACACUACUAGCACACCACCAAAACAGAAAUCAACCCUGGCGGUCCUCUCCCUGAUUACUUUGCUUCUGGCCAUUGCUGUCGCUGGCUUUUGGGGCUAUACGGGAAGUACUAGUAUUGGUAGUGGUGGUAGUACUGACGCCAAUCUGUUCGGUCUUAGACGGCUUUUGGGUGCGGGUGGUAGGGCUUCUGCUUCGCGGGGUUUUGUUGCGAGUACUACUUCUACUACUACUACUCCUGGUGGUGGAAGUCUUUCGGAUAGAGUGACGAAGAAGAAUAAGAAGUUGGGUGAAGGAGGGUUUGAAGAUCGGGUUACGAUGGCGAGAACGCCGGUUUAUUUUUUGAGUCAUGGUGGGCCGAAUAUCAUGUAUGAUCAUGAGCACCCGGCGUAUCAUAAGCUGGGUGAGAUAGGGAAGGAAAUUACUACCAAGGUGAAGCCGCGCGCGGUGGUGGUUUUCUCGGCGCAUUGGCAGGCGGGGAGGGAUACUAUUCAGGUUAAUACGGCGGAGAUUACGGAUUUGAUUUAUGACUUUUAUGGCUUCCCUAGUCAUUACUACAAGGAGAAGUAUCCUAAUGUUGGGAGUCGGGAGGUUGCGAAUAAGGUCCUCGAUGCGUUGAGCCAGGCGGGGAUUAAGGGUGAGGGGGUGAAGAGAGGUCUUGAUCAUGGUGUGUGGGCGAGUUUCAAGUGCGCCUUUGAGCCUGAGAAGAACCCUCUGAAUGUCCCUGUUGUGCAGGUAUCGCUGUUCAAAACGGAGGAUCCUAUCCAGCAUUACCGACUUGGUCAGGCGGUCUCGAGACUCCGUGAGGAGAACAUCUUGAUCAUCGUCUCCGGUAUGGCGGUGCAUAACCUGCGUGAUAUGCAAUUCACCUGGGGUGACCCGCGGCCUUUGCCGUAUACUGCCAGCUUCGAUGAAGCUCUGAAGGAGGCCGUCACGAAAGCGCCAGCGGAGCGAGAACAGGCCAUGGCAGAUUUGCUGAAACGGCCGGAUGCUCGGCAGGCACAUCCGUAUUUCGACCACCUGCUUCCGAUUCAUAUUGGAGCCGGGGCCGCGGGCGAUGAUGUUGGAAGGAGGCUGUGGACUUUGAAGGAGGGAAGCAUGAGUUGGGCGCAAUAUAGAUUCGGCGAAAUCGCCAACAGUACUAGUUCUUUGUAG